UUCAUCACGGUCGGCAGACAAGGCGGCGGCGUCCGGUACGGUCAUGGAUCUCAAGAAAGAUUUUCACAUGAAUUCCGGCGCCGGCGACAACAGCUACGCCCGCAACUCUAAGAUCCAGGGAUUGAUCAUAUCCAAAUCCCAAAGCGAGCGCCGGAAAGCGGCGGUGGCGGCCUACCUAGGCACCGGCCGGCCGGCGACGAUGAGCGUUGCGGACUUGGGGUGCUCCUCCGGCCCCACGGCGUUGCUCGCGGUGGAAGACAUCAUGGUGGCGGUCGAGAGGGCGUGCGUGGAGCUGCACGGCCAGCCGCCGGAGUUCAAUCUGCUCCUCAACGACCUCUACGGCAACGACUUCAACGCUCUCUUCAGAUCCUUCCCGGAAUUCAACUCGCGGAGGCAGGGAAAAGGCCUCUGCUUCGUCACCGGCGUGCCCGGCACGUUCUACGGCCGGCUGUUCGCCGCCAAGAGCCUGCACUUGGUCUGCUCCUCGUCCAGCCUCCACUGGCUUUCUCAGAUGCCUGAAGAACUUCAACAGAAGGAAGGAUCGCCGGCGGCAUGCGUGAACAAAGGGAAGGUGUUCAUAUCGGCAGGCAGUCCCCCGUGCGUGGCGGAGGCCUACCGGAAGCAGUUCCACAGAGAUUUCACGACCUUUCUCCGGUGUCGCGCAGAGGAGAUCGUGAGGGGAGGGUUGAUGGUGCUGGCGUUCAUGAGCAGGAAGAACAGAGAGGCCGCCCUGAUGGAGGACCGUUACAUCUGGGGGCUACUCGAAGAUGCACUCAACGCCAUGGCCUCCGAGAAUCUGGUGGCGCAGGAAAGGAUCGACUCAUUCGACGCUCCCUUCUACGCGCCGUCGAUGGAAGAGUUAGAGGAGGAGAUCGGGGGCGAGGGCUCGUUCUGCAUCCGAAGCUCCGACCAGUUCCUAGUCAGGUGGGACGACGACAAUCAGUACUCUGGCACCGGCGGCGAGGCGAACGUGACGGCGAGGCCGGUCAAGCACGCCGUGCGCAUGGCGAAGGGGGUGAGGGCGGUGGCGGAGUCGAUGCUGAGGAGCCACUUCGGGGAAGGCUUCGGCAUGGACGAUCUCUUCUGCAGAUACGGCGGAUUACUGGCGCAGUAUUACGCGGAUAGCGAGGCGGCGGUGACGAACGUGGUGAUCUCUCUGGUGAGGAAGUGAGGGAGAGAGCGUCUGAAGGUCGCAUCGCAUGGCGGUGAAGAAGAAAUAAAUCGGAUUAAUUCCUAGCCAGCUUUUUGUUUUUGAUAAUUUCAGACUAUAUUACAAACUUAAAUAAUCUUCUUUCUUGA